AUGCUCAGGGCUCGCUUUAUACGACAGUAUUCAAAGCUGGGCCAAACGGUGGCAGAGGCCACAAAGACCGGCGUGGCAAGUUCCAUCACAAACGACCAGUCGUAUAAGAAUUUUUUCGAGGAUUUUUCGAAGUCUGUGAUGUCGCAGAACCAGCUAUCCUCCAUCAGCGAACAAAAGACCUUUGGCAAAGUGUUCGAUUAUCUUAUGAAGAAAACAAAGCCAGCAGGCGUGGCUGAAACCCUGAAAGACCUUGUGAACAUAAACGAACAACAAGCAAAGAGUCCGUUUCAGGACUUGGCUCAAGGAACCCAGUCCAUCAAGGCGCACAGCUUGGAAACAUACAAGAAAAGACUCGAACAAAAUAAGGCUUUGUACAAGGCACUGGAGCCAGCUCUGAACUAUAUCAACCACAACAUUGACACUAGCGAAGGGAUGAUGGAAUACAUAAAAAACGAUCUUGUGGAACGGUUCGUGAGAGAGUACUCCACCAAGAACAGAAACUCAUUGGAUCACGAUCAGCUGGUUCAUCUCACAACUACUUUGACCUUUAAAAACCCUUCACAGCCGCCAAUCAACCAAAAAACGCUUCCUCUUCUGCUGGAAUACUGCUUGAAUUCCCUCACAUACGAUUUUGACUCAUUCGACGACACACUGCUUGUCCUCGACUACAUCAGACAACACAAGUCGAUUUUUGUUUACGAGUUCGGCCUCAACAUCGAUGUUUACAACUCUGUGCUGCUCCAGGUGUGGCGCAAAGCAGAAAAUCUGCAGCUGAUCAGCAAAUUGGUGGAUGAGAUCAGCGCAAAUGCUAUACAGCCUGAUCUGCUCACAUACAAGAUUUUGGCCGAGAUAUAUCUCCAGUGCAUGAACGUUGACGACGAAUCCAAAGCCCGCUACUACCUAUUGUGGGGGAACGGUUCUGACAUUUACAAAAUACGGACUUUCCUGGAUAACAUGAAGCUAUCCAUCGUGUAA